CCCGACCUGAAGACCGUCCGACUUGAGGUCUUUCAUCUUGAGGACCUCCCGACCUGAGGUCCUUCCGUCCUGAGGACCUACCGACCUGAGAACCUUCCGUCCUGAGGACCUACCGACCUAAAAACCUUCCGUCCUGAAUUUUCCUUAGAAAUAAAUAAAUAAAUUUAUUUUCCUUGAUUUCCUCACGGUGUCCUUCAGCCAGUUCAAUCAACCCUAUUGCCAGGCCCAUUCCUCGUUUUACCUUGGGCUUUUAACCUAAUUCUAAAUUUCGUACGUAACAACUUGCCCGCCGCCAAGGGACUUUCAAACGCCAAUAAAUGUUUGGAAGUUCAUAAAGCACUACCUUCUUGAAAAACUCCCUUAGCAACUACACCAGUUACUGCAACACUCCUGGUUUAUUCCUUCUUCGCAAUACAAGCCUGUGUGAAUCACAAUCCCAAAACAUUCUAACUAUGGCGAAUCAAUACAUUCCUGCCCUUCCUUUCGACGGAACCCUUCCAGAAGGUCCAUUUUCAGCCUCGAAAGUACUAACUCCGACGAUCCGUCCAUAUUGCACUACUCCUGAAGAUUCAAAUCGGAUGAGGGAAGUUUUGGAAUCUCGCAACGCCUUGGCUAUCAACAAUCCCAACUACCAAGCAGUUCGCAUCCGAGACAGCAUCAAGACCCAUCUCACAGACCCAAAAGACCUGUAUCGUGCUUGGUAUCGACGAGUAGCAGAACACUUCCAGACCCAAUGGCGAUCCCAAAAGAUCGACCAAGCAAUACUACUGUCUACCAUGCCUAUCAACCUGCAUGAGAAGGUGCUGUUGGCCAUGUCCGCCUUCUGGAAUGCGGAAAAUGGGACUUUCCUUUUGCCCUCGGCCCCCUUUGGCCCAACCCUUAUGGACGUGGCCAUGAUCGCACAUCUCCCAGUCGUGGGUGAAGACCCUGUAAUGGGAGCCCUAGACGGGCAGGAGCCACCAGAAGACCAUCCGGGAUGGUCUUUACAAGGUGUGAAGGAAUGGGGUUGGACAAAGUUCGCAACCGACCAGCAAGGGGCUCCAGGGACUCCUGUAACCGACCGGGAGCAUACUGCCUUUAUUCUGUUCUGGCUUUGUAGGUACAUCAUUGUUUCUCCUUCCAAAAGUGUUCUUCCUUCUCACCUCGACCUGGCCAUUCAUAUUGCGUCAGGUCGGUUCUUCUCCCUUGGCACCCUAUUUUUAGCCAAUCUGUUUGAAGGACUCACCAGAGUUAGCCUUCGUUUAACAGAUAACGAUAAUAGGAAAUUAGACACUGCCGCGUCGGGUCCUUUUUGGUUUUUAGAACUUUGGUUCCGUCUUUACUUCCCCAACGCGUUUAACUUAGGAUCUCCGCCCACUAUGCCAACAUCUGAAAAACAUUUAGGAUUAGUCCUCAACCGACUCUGCUCAGGACGCAAUAAACUCCAAUCGUCCGAUCCAAUAAUAACUGCCAUUUUAACAGAUACCCGCAGUAACUCUCGAUUUUCUAUGUAUAAAAAGUAUGCGGGUUAUGCUCCCGACCAUUUUUGGCCCUUUCCAGUACCAAACCCGCUUCCGACUCCUGAGCCUUGUCCUCAUCCCACCUAUCCUUUCGCCUGGGACGUCGCCCUCAAACCCAGGUCUCUUUUUAGUAGCAAGAAACUUGAUAAAAAAGGGCAGAAAACUUUUUACACUUUUAACUAUGAACCUCAAUUCAUGGCGCGCCAGUUCGGCUGUUGCCAAGGUAUCCCUGGACCCGUCGCGUGUCCCCAAAUAAUUUUUCAAAGUCCCGACCGACGAGUCCUUCCUAAUUCAAUCCCUUCUUAUAUCUCCCAGCUCACCACGUAUAUAAUUUCCAAUUCUUAUAUUCCUUUCCGCUCCAACCCUGAGAUUGUAGAUACUUUCAAUGAAUGGUGGUCGGUUGUAUGGUCCCUGAUAUCCCCUGAUGAGGAUCGGUUGCUGAACGUACUCCUCCCCCCCCAAGGACUGUCGGGCGGAGGACCCGACGCGGAGGCAAACGCCUCCUCCCGUACCGAGGAGUGGUCGGGCCAGGCCCCCGACCAGGAGACAAUCUUUACCAACAGUGCCUAUAGAACCAGUAAGUUCCUUUAUCAGCAAGACUUAGGAUUCGGAUGA